GGCUCCUCACAACGCACAGCAAAGACUUCUCCAUAGAGACCAGUCAGGCAGGAGAUACUGGAGGCUAAAGCGUCUGGACAGUGGAUGAACUGACUAGACUGGACAAUGGUCAGAGCAAACGCAGGAAAUCAGAAUAGUGAUCCUCAGUAUUUAAGGAGAGUUACAGCAGCCUUGGAGUAGCACUUGGCAGUAAGAGCUGGAGUCGGAGCAGUCUGUUCUCUACGAGUCUACAGUAAGCCCAGUUACACAAAUAAGGGGACAUCACCUGUUGCAGUGUGGGUCUAGGGUAACUUUGAUGUGUGUUAUACGCUGUGGAACACUGAGACAUAGAGAUGACUGGAGCCCUCCUGUCUGGGCUUCUGCUCUGUUGCAUAGUGGUGCUGUGUGAAUGUGAGCCAACACAACCGGGGCCAGACAAAGGAGAGAUGGACUCAGGUGAGGGCAGUCUGGUCCAUCAAACAUCAGACUGGGUGUUCCAGCUGGUCAACGUAUCCCUGGACCUCUCCCAGGCAGAGAGCUUCUGCAGUGGCCAGUUCAGCUCCCUCACCACCCUGGGCCAGCCUGAAGAUGAGGAGGGAACCCUGGCGCUCCAGAGGCGGGCAGGCCUGCAUGGACCCAUGUGGGUCAGGGACCCCAACAGACCAACGAGCAGGCCUCUGGCACUAGCCAAACAGUACAUGCUCUUCCAAGCCCUGAACUUUCCCAGGGAUUCUCAGGAGGGCUACGGUCGUGUCAACAUGAUGUUCCCGGCCCUGCCAGCGGUGAGCGUGUGUGUCCGCGUGCAGUGGGACCCUCAGUGGGACCAGGUGUCCACCAUGUACUCCUACGCCGCACCUGUCUUCACCAAUGAGUUCCAGCUGCGCGGGCAGGUGGACAGAACAGGACGCAUACUGCUGGCGCUCAUUGUCCACGGGCAGCACUUCCCCUACAAGGCCUCCUUCCUCAACGAUGGGGCCUGGCACCACCUCUGUGUUACUUGGCGCAAGGCUGACGGCCACUGGGCCAUCUAUGUGGACGGGAAGAGAGGGGCCAUGGGCUCCAGGACUAACACCCCCAGGGACAUACAUGGAGAGGGCAUACUUAUCCUGGGGCAGGACCAGGACUCAUUUGGAGGGAACUUCACUGAACCCUUCGUAGGGAAUAUCACAGAUCUGAAUGUCUGGGACACAUCCUUGGAGCAGAGGCAGUUCCAUGCCCUGGAUGGCUGCUCACCUUUGACCCAGAAAGCUAUCUUUACCUGGAGUAUUGAUAAUAUGACCCGUCACCCAGUGGUAAAAGAGGUGUCAGCCAAUCUGUUCUGCCCAGGGGUCCACAAGCAGAGGGAGAUGCAGGGCUGCAGGGCUCUAGAGGGCUGGUCUAGCCAACAGCUCCCCUUGUACAGCGCUGCAGACUGCUCCACCACACUCCCCUUCAUCUGCAGGACCAGCAGGGAGCGCUAUGUUAAGAUGAAGGGGUUGAGUGAGUUACAGAGCUCCCAUCCCAGUCCCUUCAUGAACCUCCUCAUGCAGCUCUCCAAUGGAACACAGGGUGUGGAGGGUGUGAUUGGGGAGCAUUCAGGGGGUCAGAUGAGCUGGGGUCAGGUGUCCAGUCUGCUCAACAUGUCCAGGCAGGCCCUGGAAGACACCAAAGAGGGUCUGCAGCCUAGAGACAUGCUGUCCCUGGUCCAACUGCUUGUGCGGGCUGCAGACGUGCCCACAGACAUGGCCACGGAGGGGAACCACAGCCGGGCCACCAACAGCGCUGGGGAGCUCAGCCACACCUUCAUCACUGUGGCUGACAGCAUCAUCAGCCAGGACAACGUCCCCAAGUGGCAGGCCAUCAAACAGGUGGUGAGUGGACCGAUGACUGUGGUCAGGAGUAUUGACCGCAUGGUGACCAGUCUGAGCACUCGGCUGAUGGCAGAAACCGACCAUCUAAUCAUUCACAGCUCCAGCAUCAAGCUGGAGGUCCAGCAGCGGAGUCUGGGAGAGGAAUCCAGUGGGUCUAAGUUCUGUGGGCCAGUGGUGGACAGCAACACCAACAUAGACUGCAUCUCAGUCCCCACACAGAACAUGCAGGAUCUCCAUGACAACGGCUUCCAGAUGGUGACUGUGGUGAACACGUGGUACAGUUCCCUGCGGCCUCUCUUCAACUCAGAGGAGAACAUCACCAUGUUUCCCAUCGUCACCGAUGGCAUCCAGAGGUACCUGGGCACCAUCCUGGGCUCUUCUGUCAUCUCUACUACAGUCCUGGGUGACAGACAGCCUGUCAGCAUGGCUGUACGCUUCCAGCUCCAACACAGAGCUCAGAAUCCUGUAGGGACCGUGUAUGACCCAGUCUGUGCAUUCUGGGACUUUGAUCUGAUGCCAGAGGCAGGGGGGGGGUGGUCUACUAGAGGAUGUGAGGUCAUCUCUAAACAAUACGACUCCACUGUCUGCUUCUGCAACCACACCACCAACUUUGCCCUGCUGAUGCAAGUCUAUGAAGUCCAGAGGAGCCCAGAGAAUGAAAAAGCCCUCCAGGUGAUGACGUUCAUUGGUUGUGGAGUGUCCCUGUGUGGCCUACUUUUCACCUUCAUCCUCUUCAUUGCUGUAGGAGUUCCUAAGUCUGACCGUACCACUGUACAUAAGAACCUGAUCGUGGCUCUGGGAAUAGCUGAGCUGCUGCUAAUGUGCAGUGACUGGGCCUCUGCUAACGAGGGGGCGUGUCUGGUGGUGACAGCCCUGCUGCACUUUUUCUUCAUGGCCUCCUUCUCCUGGAUGCUGGUGGAGGGGCUGCUGCUGUGGAGUAAGGUGGUGUCUGUCAACAUCAGCGAGGACUGGAGGAUGAAGAUGUACUAUUCCAUUGGCUGGGGUCUACCUGUUGUGAUUGUUGGUGUAACCUUGACGAUAUCCUUGGACAAGUACAAAGCAGACAAUCACUGCUGGCUCAAUGUGGAGACUGAUAUGAUUUGGGCUUUUGUGGGACCUGUUCUAUUUAUCUUGGUUGUCAAUGCAGUGGUGCUUGGCCGGGUAGUCAUAGUGACAGUGUCCAGCGCUCGUCGUCGCGCAAAGAUGCUCACUCCCAGUUCGGCAUCUAAACUCCAUACCUUCGACCUGACCUGGGCUGUGACGCGACCAGUCCUUAUUCUACUGCCAGUGCUGGGCCUUACCUGGCUGUGUGGAGUCCUGGUGCACCUAUCCAUGAUGGUGGCCUAUGUCUUCAUCGCUCUCAAUGCUUUCCAGGGCCUGUACAUAUUCCUGGUGUAUGCGGUUUACAAUAGUGAGGUGAGGAAUGCCAUAAAGAGGAUCAAAGAGAAGAGGAAAGCCUUGUCUUUCACGAACUGUUCCCAGCCAAUCAGCUUUCUGCCGUCCCAGAGGGGUCCAGCCCAGACGUGGACCCACAGUCUGCCACCUCCCUCCAGCCCAGAGACCAGCGACAUCUCAGGCCCCGGCAGCACCACCUCCACCUCACUGGUCAUCAAGUGCGAGAGUUUUGGAAAAGAAAGUAGUUUCUCCUUGAAACCUGCAUUAGGAAACCAGGUGGUUCAACUGACUGCUUUCAAGCCCUCAGGCUGCUGAUGGAAUGUUUGGAAUUGGACACAAAGGCACAUUUAUCAUAUAACCUGGUGGGUAGAAAGCGGAAUUGCACAGUGGAUACCACAAACGGAUACACACAAUAGAUGCAUCCUCUCUCAUACAAAUAUUGUAGAUGAUGUAAAUAGACACACAUUCAAAAACUGCACAUAUAGAAUACACACACACACACACACAUACACCCCACAUACAGAAUGAAAGACUCAAAGAUGUGCACACACACACACACACACACACACACAGAGCGUGUGAAGCAGGAAGCGUAUUUUAGGGCGACAGCUCCUCCUCCACCACAGUGUCCAAUUCCCAGGGUCAGGAACCAUCUGCUGUUUAGGAAAUCGCUGUUCCAGAGAGGCAACACAACAUUUGUCGUGUGCAUACAGACUUCAGUUUCAUUCUCUUUUGCAGAGUGGCUUAUCACACCUUCAGUCUUUUUUUUACAGUCAUCUUUUUGUGUAUGUGUCAUUUUGGUUUUUACAGACAUACCUAGACAGUAGACGUUACUGUUUUUACAGACAUAACUAGACAGUAGACGUUACUGUUUUUACAGACAUAACUAGACAGUAGACGUUACUGUUUUUACAGACAUAACUAGACAGUAGACGUUACUGUUUUUACAGACAUACCUAGACAGUAGACGUUACUGUUUUUGCAGACAUAAAUAACUAGACAGUAGAUGUUACUGU